CAGGGAUCCGUUUUUCUCCUGUAAAUACCGCUCGCAGUAUUAUAAUAACUGCUGCAGUGUGUGCGAUUAUACAGAAUCCGAAAAGGACUUGGUUUGAGGGAGACAUUUUAAACAGACACCAAAGCAAGUUACCUCUGACAUGCAGGCCACGUCUUAUCCCACCCAGCCCGGAGUCCCGGGCCAGACUGUCUACGUCAACCAGCCCGCUCCAGUCAGCUUUGCCAAUACGGUGCAGAACCCUAACUCAUCGAGUGGCGUGUCGCAGAAAUUCAACGGAGCUGCCGGGAGAGCGACUGGUUGGAUUCAGCUCUUCCUCGGCAUUGGGAGCAUCGUCGUCGCCAUUGCCGAGUUGGUCCUCAUCACCCGUGUAGGCCCUAUCGCCAUGGGAAUUUGGGCCAGUGUUCUGUUCUACAUUCCUACCGGUAUCUUAGGAAUAUGUUCGAUGCAGAAGAACACUUGUGUGAUCAUCGGCUAUCUUACGAUGUGUAUCAUCACGGCAAAUGUUGCCUUUGGUCAGAUGAUUGUUGGUAGCAUUGGGGCAGGAAUCAUCAGUAGCGAUUAUUCCUCUGGCUACAAUGAACCAGGGUUACGGGAGGCAAGUAUCGCAUCUGACUCUCUAUUGGCCAUUCUUGGACUGAUCGAGAUGAUUGUAGCCAUUGUGGCUUCAGCCUUCUGUUGUGGUGGCAUGAGUUGUGGCAACUCGUCUUCACUAACCACCACCACUGUGUAUACCCAACAGAAUCAACCGAUGGUUGUGACGACCGGCCAGUACACUCAGCCGGCGGGAAUCGCUCAGUCCCCUCCCGCAUACAACGUUCAGCAGGCGUAUCCCCUUGCUGGCCAGCCUGUUGCUCCAGCUCCCUACAACCAAGCUCCUGGUGCCCCGUACAACCAGGCUCCUGGUGCCACAUACAACCAAGCUCUGGGUGCCACAUACAACCAACAAGCAGCUGCUAUACCGACCAAACCUGACGGGAUGGUUGCUUAAAUGUGUUAAGAAAAUGGGUCGUAUUUAUAGAAUUAGCAAUUACCCCCCGACAUGCAAAUGCUUACAUAGGGAAUAACAAGCAAUAACCAUAAUUAUGCUUGAUCAAUAAAAUAAGCCUUCUCCAAGACACACGAAUAUGGAUUAGAAUCGUUUGUUGAUGUUUUGAAUUUGAAUGUUGAUUCUGUAUCACUAUUACCUUGAAAAUAAGUAGCCUUUAUCUAGUUGCCUGAAAUGUAGUGGAAAGUAUUUGAUUAGCGAUGUAUAUCUUUACCUUAAGAUAUAUCAAUGUUGUGCCUUUGAUCUUUUGACUGACAUGUUUGAAGUAAUCAAUUCGUUAAUUGAUUCAGUUGAUGAACAUCGACGAGAAAAAAAGAAUUAUUUGAAGUGAAACGAAAGUCAGAUAUUUGUAUGAAAUUUAUCUUUACUGAAAAUAUACGCUGACAACAAUUAUCAUAAUCAGAUGUGGUAGGUAUUCAUCUAUUCUUAGAAAAAUUCGCUCAUUCUAUAUUUAAUGCAUACGAGGUAAGAUAUUUCAAUUGACUUAAUAAUCUUGCUUGAAGUGAAUUUAUGAAGUGGAUUUCUUUCCUUUUCUUUCUUUUAAAUAAUUAUCUUUCUUUAAGAACCCGCCACUAUAUUGUGCGGGAUAAAAGUAUACAAAAUGUAUGUGUCUUAUGGAAACAACCUACAAAACCACUAAUUUUAAA